AUGGAUACGAUAAUGACAAAGCCAAUUGGUCACAAAGUGAUAGUAGUAUAUCAUUCAUUGCCACUCUCAUUAAGAAAAUUAAAAUUAGGAGUUUGGUCAUUUCAUGAUAGAAAUCUAUAUUCUUUAGUUUCAUCAUUAACUUCAUUAAAGGAUCAAAAAGUUAUUGAGAAACAUUGUUGGGUAGGUUGUCCUACUACUAAAGAUAAAAAGCUAGUUUCAUCUGAGAAUGAGCAAGCUACAGAAGCUUUAAAUAUCCAAUUGGCCGAGAACUCUUGUAUUCCAGUUGAAACUGUUUCAUCGAAACUCUAUGACGACGCAGUCAACAAAUUCAGUCAGCAAUUCUUGAAUCCACUGUUCCACUAUGACAUAUCCGACAGUACUUUUCAAGAUUCUCACUGGAAAUCCUAUAAGCUUUUCAACAAACGUUUCGCCUCUAAAAUUGCAGAGAUAUAUCAACCUGGUGAUAUUGUUUGGAUUCAUGGUAUACAAUUAUUAUUAGUACCUAAAUAUCUUAGAGAAUUAAUUAAUAGCUGUUUAAUUGGAUUCUUUUUGUAUUGUCCUUUUCCAGCGGUCGAGAUCUACAGAUGUUUGGCAUCGAGAAAAAAGAUUCUACAGGGAAUACUUGGAUCGGAUUUAGUUGCUUUCCAAUCGUAUUCCUACUCGAGAUACUUUAUUCAAUCGUGUACUAGAAUCUUGGGUGUUGCCGGUGGUUUCGAUGGGGUGAAGUAUCGUCAAGAGAGAAUCGGAAAGGAACACCUCACCAGAGUAUCUGUCUAUCCCGAAGGUAUAGAUCCACUUGAAACUCAACGUUCCUUGGCAUUCCAAGAGACACAACAAAGACUUGCUGAAUUGAAAGCUAGAUUUAAAGAUUUAAAGAUAUUUUUAGCAAAGUAA